AUGCCCACCUUGCUUUCUCUUCCACCAGAGCUUCUGAUACACAUCCUGGACCUUCUUUCUUCUGACGUCUGGACUCUCAGGAACUGCGCGUAUACCUGCUCCGCUCUUCGCCCGUUUUGCCGGCAUCACCUUCUCGCUGUCGCGGACUUCAAUGUCCUCGGUGACGCGGACGCAGAACCGUUCCGCGACUGCAUCACGCACCUCCAGAUGUCUGUCAAGUCUGGAGGACUCGACGGCAUCCCGGAAACUCACAUCGAGGUCGCGCUCCGCCUACCAAAGCUGAAGAAGAUGUCUUUUUGUGGCCCAUCCAAUCCUUUCCGGCACUGGUUCCCAACCGGUAUCCAGGAAGCGCUCCAUCUAUUCAGUUCGGUCACGGAGCUCGCCCUUGUCAGGACGACCCACGCAAGCGUCGAGCAACUUCAGAGCCUCAUAUCCUCCCUCAACAAUCUGAGUCACUUGACCAUUCACGGACUAACAGUCCAGGGGUCGGUGCACGGUAAUUACUUCGCGCGGCACCAACAUCGACAUGCCGAAGAACUGGGUGGACCUCGACUUACACAUCUGAACGCCGCCCCAAGCUUUCAUGCGGACGGCACGGCGGCCGUCCUUCAGUGGCUCUCUCACACGCCUACGCGCCACUGUUUGCGGACCCUAGACAUUCCGGCGGCGUCGCGGAACACACAGUUUGUCGUCGACUCCUUUGGACCCACCAUCCACCGUCUUUGCGUGGCAGAGCUCAAGAGCAUUGCAGCUUGGAAGACAUCGUUCAUACAUCGCUAUACGAAUCUACUUACUCUUGAAGUCGGCUCCCUCUCCCAAUUGUCCUGGCAACCUCUCUACAAAGUGGUCGCAGGAAUCUGCUCGCCCGACUUCUGCGAGCUUGUUUUGCGAUAUGACGCCGUGGCUGAUGCGGACGCCCGCAUUGCGGCCAGCAGGGUGGAGACAAGCCCUGUGGACUACAUCCUACAUGACGACAUGCCGGCUCUACAGAAAGUCUGCUUCGUGGUCCAGUACGAUUCGAGGCUGGCGGGAAGAGACGCGCAGUGGAAGGAUGCCGUGAGAGAGAGAGUGCGGUCUUUCUUCUACCGGUUGGCGGAGGAUGGAACUUUACAAGUUGAGUUCGAAGCUCAAAGGAUAAGAGCCUAA